AUGGCUACUCCAGCAGUCCUCCGACAGUGCUUCUUAGGGCUCGUUGCCCUGGUCUGCUUGUUCCUCGUACACCAGAGCUUUCAGGUGGCUGGGAGUAGUCGACUGAGCCUCCAAAGCCGCAAUGCGGAGUCGGUUACUUCAUCACUUGGGUGGGCAGAAGCUUCGAACGUGAGCAUCGCUGAGCGCUAUUAUCAGGUUCAGAGCCGUGACGAAGAUAAGAAAGACCCGCUCACCCUCGAAGGAGCCAUUGUGAAGGGACGCGGACUCUACUGUCGCAGCGCAGGCGUGUGGACGCUCAGCGAUGAGCCCAACCCCAGCUUCACAUAUGCCGAUCUUGAGGAAUAUUAUUCAGAGCAGUACUACGAUACAUUCACUAGCGAAGAAUCGAUUGGACCAGCGCUGCAAGCGCUGGGAUUGCCCUCCACUGUCUCUACCAACGGAGGAGCAGAUGGCAAUCUUGUCGGCAAGCUUUUCCAUCAGAAUGAAGGACCAAUACAGACCAAUAUGGAGUUCGGUAAUCCGAUGAGUGUUCGCAGGGGGGUUAUUGUGGCGGAGACGAAUUGGGGACCCGCUUCGCAGAAGAAGACGAAAGUAUUUCCUCCUUUGAAGCGAUGGUCCGAUAUCGUUUUUCUCGCCUAUCAGAAAUUGGCGGAGGAGGGGGGCGCGAUCAAUGGCCUUCAGUAUGUUGUGCGCACCCACGUGCUCAACGAUGAUACCAGAGCAAUUAUCCACGAAGUGUGCGGGGGGCCUCCUCCUGUCUGGCCCGGAACUACCUUCAAGAUCAGCAAUAAGCAAUCCAAGUCAGGAGAGUAUAUCAACCGGGAAGGGCUUGCGCUGCUUGGUACUCCGAAUGGCGGCGGAAUCGGUUAG